UCUACCGCUUGAUGUUUGCGGUCGUCUCAUCAAGGCAGAGAGAGAGAGAGGCGCUUCCCGCACAGCUAUAUCAGAGGAGGGACGCCAGCAGCAGCAGCAGCAGCUCCCGGUCUCACUGCUCACACACACAGGGAGAGGACAUUUGACUGAAACAGAUGGUGCUGCGCAUUUGAAUAAUAAUAAUAAUAAUAAAAAUAAUAAUAAUAAAAAUAAAAAACUCACCAAGGAGAAUACACCCGAAAUUUGAGGCAAACAGCAUUUGGACACUAUGGAGAUGUCAGAAUCAGUCUCACAGCAGGAGCGGCUCCAGGCUAUAGCAGAAAAGAGGAAAAGACAGACAGAAAUUGAGAAUAAGAAGAGACAACUAGAAGAUGACAGACGACAGCUCCAGCACCUCAAGUCAAAGGCACUGAGAGAAAGAUGGCUGCUGGACGGUGCGCCCUCUGCAGGCCCUGAAGAAGAUGAGACCAGGAAACAGCUGCGUGAGGAUGAAGCCAAGACCAGAAGCCUUGAGGAGACUAUUCUCAGAAUGGAAAGAGAGCUAGAAGAACUGGAGACAGGUGUGUCUGCAACAUCCACCAAAGAAAUCCUAUCAGACAUGGCACAGGAAGUCGACACCAUCAUAGUAGAAAAGGUUGUGACAGACUCUGUGAAAGAGGUCAAAGUUCACCUCAGCCCUCGUCUGGAGAAAUCCGGAGGUGACUUUGACACGAUGAGAACAGCGAUGUACUCCGUAGAGAUCACAGUUGAGAAGGACCUGGUGACGGGCGAGACCAAAGUCCUGUCCACUAACACUCUGCUCCCCAAAGACCUCUCACAGCAGGGAGUCAAGGUCUAUGAGGAUGAACAGAAAGUGGUGCAUGAGGUGCGCACUGUGGAUGGGGCAGUAACCAAUGGUGUUCACCAGCUCAGCUCUACAGAGGUGGACGAGCUCCUCCACAAAGCUGAUGAGGUGACAAUAAGUGAAAGCAGCAAGACCAUGCCCUGCCUGGAGAGUAGUAAAGCUGAGGAAACUGAGAUGGUGGAGAAGGUGGAAAAAGAGGUAGUCCCAACUGCAGCUGACUCCACUUCCAUAAAGGAGAUCACCGGUGUGGAGGCGAAACUUGCAGCCCCUGAGACAGAAGUGGGUGGGGCCAGUGCAGAGAACCCGGUAACCAUGGUUUUCAUGGGUUACCAGAAUGUGGAGGAGGAGAAUGAGACAAAGAAGGUUUUGGGGCUGGAGAGCACGACCGUAAAGGCAGAGGUGGUGGUCAUCGAGGAUGGAGAUGCAAAAAACACAGUCACUGACACCAAGGAGGAGCAGGCACCCCCUAAUGGCACCCCAGCGGAGCCACCGAAGACUGAAGAGGUAGCAGGUGAGUCUGGGCAGUCAGAGGGCGGCACUACUGAGGUGAAGAGCAAGGAGAAACAACCCUGGAAAUGCUGCAUCAUCAUGUGAGCCCCAGUACACCCUUCCAAACAUGGACUUGAUGAUGAAAUGCAACAACAUACAGAGAGAACAAUAGCAAGGCAGAGAAGAAUAAACGUUCAAUAUCUUUUGAUAGAAAGCUGUUGUUUCCUUAUUGAUUUUUACCCAUUUUAUAUUUACCGUAUUACUUUUAACCCAUUACCCAUGAUCCUCUCUAACCUCAUUUUAGUUUCAUGUAUUUUUUUUCUGGAUUGGAUCUAUUGUGGCUGAUUUGAAUCAUGACACAUUAGUGGCACUGUUGCCACUCUCCUCUGAGAAAAGUCUAAAAAUUUAAGACCUUUUCUCUGUACACUUCAAUCGAACUGAAACGAUAAACAUCCAACAAGCCCCUUUAUUCAGCAUUCACUUUACAUAGAAUUAGUUUUUCUUCUUUUCAUAUGGAGGACUCAAAAUCUCUAUAUAACUAUAUAAUGUAUAUGAACCUUUUAUUUUUGAAAAAUUAUUGUAUUUAUUUUGAGUUAACUUGUUAAAAACCCAGAAUUUUUGUAAAAGCAUGAUAUGUUGCGUGCUCUACACAAGUAUUUUCACUUUCUCAAGAAAAGAAAACAUUGAAGAUUAAUCCCAACAUUAUGCAUUGUGCUCUAUUUAUUACUCAUGAAACUAUUUAUUCUGGUUUUCCUAAGAUAGGAAUAAAAUUUGUGGGAUUUUCAGAGCACACUUGGCAUUUGCUUAGAAAUGAUAGAAUCAUUUAAACGAGUGCAAAGUCCAUCAUACAGGUGUUGUAAAUGUGUAUCCUUAUGUGUUGGUGAUAAGGAUGUAUAAGGAAUUUUUCACAAAUUCCUGUUUACUUCUAAUGUGGACAUGAGAAUGGUUCUAUGAGUGCUUUCUUUGACCAAAAUGCCCCCAUUCUUUUUUCUACUGUACCUCACCUCCCUUCCUCACACACACACACACACACACACACACACACACACACAUAGUCAUACACCCUGUUUUUUCUCCUUUUGAAAGGAAAAUCAAUAUUCUUUAUAUUUGUUCUACCGUGAGUCAAGUAGAUUGCGCUUUUUCAUAUUGAAUUGUAGGACAGGUGAGCUGAGGAUAUCUUAGUAAGCUCUUAUGUUUUGCUUUUAGGUGGUUGUUCUCAGUCAUGUUGGUCCAGCAAAGAGCUUGUGUGUGUGUGUUUGUACCUGUGUGUAUAUGACUAAGGGCACCUACACAUUAAGAGUUUACACUAUGUCAGAGAAGGUUGCAAAUCCAUUGAUUUCAAUGGGGAUGGUACAUUGCAAGGAAGAAGAGAUAAAACACUAGGAUUUGCGGAUGUGAUGGUCCACCAUGCAAGAAAAUUGUAACUAGUCAUUAUUGACCAAUGAGAAUUUCAUACAGGCGGGUCCAAUUGUACUUUCAGAACCCCAAUUCAGUGCAUUUCCCCUUGAUUUGAUUUAAACAUGUAUUAGUUCAUUUAAUCUCUAAACACUUUAUCUCACAAAUAUUUAUAGUAUUUAAACAGUCCUGCACAUGAAACAUUUGAGGUGUUUAAGUAUCAAGUUGGCUGUGUCCAGGAUGGGAUUUAGAUCGUAUGCCAGUCCACACUGCCAUCAGCCCUGCUCUUAAACUGGGUGAAUGACAGCUCAUUCCUAACAAAUGACAUCACCGAACCGCUCCAGCCAUUCCUAUACAGGAUCCUUCAUGCGCGUAAACUAGUUUCAGAAUAAGCAAACUCUCUCACUUCCUACACACAAUCAUAACAGUUCUGAGACAGAAUGGACAGGAAGAACAAUAUCCUUCCUUGGGUUGUUUCAGCAUCAAGGAAAUGGCUGGAAGUGUGGCAGGGUACCGGAAACAUUAAAUAGGUCAUAAGAGUUUCAUUUUUUUCCUUCUCAGAUACCCAUUAUAAAAUAUUAAGAUUUUCCGCUGGUGAAAAUGGAAAAAUUCAAAAUAAAUUUUUAAGUAGCUAUGAUGUCAAAUGCUUCAGUAUUAACACAAAACAAAUGCUUGUUUUUGCACAAAAGAUGAUUGACUGCAUUUUGGUUUAAGGUGGUACUAAUUCAUGUUCAUGUUCUAUUUUUAUUUGUUUUCCAACACAAAUGGAAAUGUAAAUAAUUUUUGUUAUACAUUACAUUGGACAGUGUUAAUGAAUUUUAUUCCCUUUGAAGUACCUUACUUAUAAAUUACUUACGUAGUCAAUUUUAUUUAGAGAUGGCAAAUUUUUGCAGUUUGCUAAACUAAUUUUGGGGGAAUUAAAUUAUGUAGUGCUUAUUUCACUGUCACUACUAGCUGGCGCAGAGGUGUUCUAGAUGGAGUGUGUUUGUGUUCAAGUGUGUCUGCGUGGUUGCAUUCAUGAUUUAUGUCUGUUAAUAUGUGUCAUACAUCUCUUAUAUUUCAUUAGUUGAAAUUAUGUCUGUUUUACUGCCCUAAUAAUGAACAUUAGAUCUAUGGAGAUUGGUGUGUGUGUGUGCUAUGGCUGGAACCCCUGACUUGAGGAGCCUAAAGAUCAGCAUGAAUGCGGUUGGUAAACUCUUUUUUGUCUUUUCAUGUUCACACACACACACACACACACACACACACACACACACACACACACACACACACGUUGGUGCAGCUAUCAUUAUGAGGACUCUCCAUAGAUAAAAUGAUUUUUAUACUGUACGAACUAUAGAUUCUAUCCCCUAACCCUAAACCUACCCCUAAACCUAACCCUCACAAAAAACUUUCUGCAUUUUUACAUUUUCAAAAAAACAUCGUUUAGUAUGUUUUUUUUAAGCGAUUUGAAUUAUGGGGACACUAGAAAUGUCCUCAUAAACCACACUUAUAGCAUAAUACCCUUGUAAUUACCAGUUUGUAACCUAAAAAAAGUCCUCGUAAACCACUUAAACCUGCCCACACACACACACACACACAGAGAGAGAGAGAGAGUGCACAGCAGUAUCUGUGAGGUUGACUUACAGCAGUAUCUGUGAGGUUGACUUAUGUACUGGUAGAACAUGGCACUAGCAAUGCUGAGGUUAUGGGUUCAAAUACUAGGGAACACACAAACUGAAAACAAAUGCAUACCGUGAAUACACUAUACAUUUUUUGAAUUUCCCACAAUGCUCAAUUGAACAAAUCUAAAGGCAACCAAACACUGGCUCCAGAACAGUGCUUCAGGACCAUCUCCAUUAAUGCCGUCUUGGCGUCACUUGUAAGUUUCAUGGUUUCACUUUUUCCGCACACCUUACCGUCAGUACUAACAUUUCAGAUCUAAUGCAUUGUUCACCUGUGAAUGCCUUGUCGUCCGGCCAUGGACCUGGCGUAUCUCUUUGUACAGAUGCAUGCUUUUAUAGGUACAUAAAUAACAUAUCUACAUAUACAUAUACCUUUCCUUGUUAGAUAAUGUAUCUGCGCUUGAACCCCUAACCACUGAUGACAAGCUACUGUAAUGAUAACGUUCAAAGGCAUGAUAGCAGAGUAAAUGUAGGAACAUCUGACCUGGUUCUAAUGAGCAAUGAGGUAUAAUGGGUAGUCCAGACAGGGUCAAUCCCUACCUGUCCAAACAGCCCUAUCUUAUUGAUUCUCCUUAUGAUGAAUGUGUGUGUGCUCUUACUGCCACUGUUGUCUGUAUGUUGUGAAGGUCUGCUCUCUUAAAAACCUGACAGAGCUAUAGAAAUAGUUGGAACGAGAUAUUAAAAUAUGACGUGCUUUAUGGAAACUAUUGCCUCUGUCUUUUCUUCUUUGUAACAGGAAUGUACCAUGUGCUUGGAUCUACGUAUGCACAAUUCUGAAAUCUUGACAUGUAAACGUACAAUAAAAACUUUAUUUAGCUGUGUGAAACC